ACAACAACAACAACCACUACAACAACAUAUUGGAUGACAACUUGUUUCAGUUGUUUCGCUCAUUUGGUCCAGUCUUGUGUCAAACAGUUACAAGUGAUACCAGUAUUGACACAAUGAUUACACAUGUAUUACUCCAAGUAUUAGUAGUACUCGUACUACAGGUGCGAACACUUGUCUCUCAACCACAACAACCACAACAAACAUCGGGCAUCUCUUGCACUGGAGUUGGAUGUGAUGGUCGAUGGAGUUGUCAAGAGUUGGACUAUUGCGGGGAUGUGUUGGGCUUUGAAGCGAUCCAAUGGUUGCACAGACAGCUGGAUGACGACCACAACGGCAAUGUGGACAUCUCGGAAAGCAAUGAGUUCUUGAGAGACGAGUUGAAGUACGAGAACGGACACGAAAGACAUAAAGCAUUUCACGGAAACGACAAAUACAUUACAGUGGAUGAGUUGUGGAGAGCGUGGAAGGGAUCGGUGGUGAGGAACUGGACGAGUGACGAGACCAUUGACUGGUUGUGUAAUGUGGUUGAAUUGCCUCAAUAUGUGGCUCAGUUUGAAAACAAUGCUGUCGAUGGACUGGCUCUCCCCCGACUGGCGGCAAACACACAGUUUAUAUCGAUUCUGGGCAUUACUAACGCAAUCCAUAAGCAAAAGCUGGCCCUCAAAGCGAUGGAUGUGGUGCUGUUCGGAGCGCCCAAACAUCACAAUUAUAUCAAAGAUGUUUUGCUCAUGUUUUCGGUAGUGAUAGCGAUAGGAGGCGUUUGGUUUGCAUUCGUUCAGCACAAGUACUCGCAGUCACAUCUCAAGAAAAUGAUUGCAGAUAUGGACAGUUUGCAGAGAGCGGAGGAACAGCUGAUUGGAUUACAACGAGAAUUGGACAAAACACGUCGCGAACAGCAGAUUGUUGUCAUCGAAAAAGUGAAUUUGGAAAAGAAAUUGAAGGAAAAUGAGUCUCAAAUCGAAAGAUCCGCGUCCUAUACAGCGCUCGAAGACAUGUCUCGCAUCUGCGAACUCGAAGAAGAGCUCAAAAGAGUUGGCGAACAACUAGUCAGAGCUCAGAACAAUAGCGGCGGCUCAUCGUCUCGAUGGGCGCCUCCUUUGUCUCUACAGCAAUGGUUGCAAUUGACACAUGAGAUCGAAAUGAGGAACUUUAAUGCUAAGCGUUGUGCCGCAGAAUUGCAGUUGUAUGCAGCAAAGGAAGGGUGCGAGAAAUUGAGGAAAAAGAGGGCCUCUGUUUUGGGUGCGUUUCGUGUGGCUCACGGAAACUCUAUCGAUGACGUCGACAAUCGUAUACUUGAGGCCAAGACUGCUCUCAAGGAAGUGACACGAGAUUUGCAGGAAAGAGUGCAGCGCUGGCAUCACAUCGAGAUGUACUGUGGCUUUUCUGUUGUCCAUAAUCCGGGUAUUGUAUACUUGGAACAGGCAUUGUAUGGUUCAGCAGCCAAUAGUCUGUCUGGUUCUGUGCCUACUUUGGGACUCUCACACGCCGGCAGUGAGACUACUAUUGUUGAUGAGGACUCUCUUGAUGUGUCCGAAUCCAUGGCAAACAUCAAUGACAUUGGUUUAAACACUGAUAAAAUAUCUUUACAUUCGUUUAAUGCAAAUUCUAGCCAUCAAAAGAAUCUAAACGAUUUAAUGGCAACCAAUGCUACAACUCGUGGAAGCGAUCAUUUGGAUGACACUUCAUGGCCGGAUCCACUCAACGGACGCACACAGACCAUCGACCCCUUCACAACUGGCAAAGGUAUCAAAGGGGACACAAAAGAUGCUAAUUCUCGAUAUCGACCAAAAAUGGCCAAAAGUUUUAGUGAAGAGCAAGAGUGCGGACACACGUUUGAAGAGACGAACGACUCGUUGUGUCACUCAGAAUCAUGCACUCAAUUAGAAACGUGUCAAUUGCUUCACUCCUUACCCAUUAACCCGAGUUGUAGUGCUAAUUAUAUAACUAAUAAUAGUAUAAAUAAUAAUAACAAGAGUGAAUUGAGUGAACACUCGGAACCAAACAAUAAAAUGGUUUCAUCCGAGAAGAAGCGAUCAUUCUUUGGACUCCGAAAACGUAAAAAUUGA